CAAGAAUUUAAGGUCACCCACAGAACCAACAGUCGUUUUUCUCGGUCUCUUCGGGAACAAAAGAGCAUUAAUGCGUGCGUGGCACAAAGUCUUUUGCAAUAGUUGUGCCCGUAGACGCCUAUCCAGCAACAUUUGUGGAAGUCUCCAUUACACGUCACCGCCCCGCACAUCUCGACUCGACGGGCCUUUUAUUUUCUAUCAAUCAUGCUGCAUGUCCGUGUGUGUUCAUUCACACAUCCGUGUGUGUAGUGUUCAGAUCUCAUGGCUGCGUGGCGCACGCACGCACGCAACUGCUGGCUUUUUUUGUAUCAUGUCUCUUCGUGACUCAGUCAUAAAGAGGACAGUGGGAGUUUAAUUGAAUAAAGGAGCAAGGAGAGAGAGAGAGAAAGAAACAGAGUGAGAGGGAGCGAAUCGAUGUAGCCAUACAGGCUACAGUGUUUAUGUAUUUGUGCUGGCUCCCCUUUUUCUUUCUUUCUUAUUAUUUGUCAACUGAUUUUCCAAAAUGAGGUUAAAAGUUGGAUUCAUCAUUCGAAGUUUACUGGUCAUCGGCACGUUUUUGGGGCUGGUUUUGCUUUGGUCUUCGCUGACACCGAAUGGAGUCGACGAUAACCCGUUUGCUGGCGUACUGGCAGGACGAGAUGCAGGUAAACUCUUGCAGCCCAACCUUCCCAACAAUGACAUGGCUGACCAGUUCAAGCCGGUUGUUCCUUGGCCCCACGUCGAAGGAGUUGAGGUCGAUCUAGAGUCUAUCCGCCAGAAAAAUGGUGACAAGCCAAACCCUGCAUUCAAAGCCCAGAACCAGCAGAAUGUCAUCCAGAAGCAAUAUAUUACCUUCAAGCCUCACACCAAUAUGUUUAGUGAACCUGUGUUGAAGAAAGGAGUUCUGGGCAACUUUGAGCCUAAGGAACCUGAGCCUCAGGGGGUCCAGGGUGGACCGGGAGAGGGCAGCAAAGCAUUCGUACUGGGACCGGAGUACAAAGAUUCUGUUCAGGCCAGCAUCAAGGAAUUCGGUUUUAAUAUGGUAGCCAGUGACAUGAUUUCUCUGGAUCGAACCGUUGGUGACUUGCGACAUGAAGAGUGUAAAUACUGGCACUAUGAUGAAAACCUCCUCACCUCCAGCGUGAUCAUUGUCUUCCAUAAUGAGGGCUGGUCCACCCUGAUGAGGACGGUGCACAGCGUCAUCAAAAGAACCCCAAGGAAAUACCUGGCUGAGAUUGUCAUGAUUGAUGACUUUAGUAACAAAGGUUGCAGAACGGUCUGCACAGUACCGUUGAUAGAUUACAUAGACGGCAAUGAUUAUACCAUAGAGCCACAGCAGGGAGGGGAUGAGGACGGUCUGGCGCGAGGCGCCUGGGACUGGAGCCUCCUGUGGAAAAGGGUCCCUCUCAGCAGCAGGGAGAAGGCUAAGAGAAAGCAUAAGACAGAGCCUUAUCGGUCUCCUGCAAUGGCUGGAGGACUCUUCGCAAUAGAGAGAGAUUUCUUUUUCGAGCUGGGCCUCUAUGAUCCAGGCCUACAGAUCUGGGGAGGAGAAAACUUUGAGAUAUCCUACAAGAUAUGGCAGUGUGGUGGGCAGCUUCUGUUCGUGCCAUGUUCACGGGUGGGGCACAUCUACCGUCUACAGGGCUGGCAGGGAAACCCACCUCCUGCUCAUGUAGGCUCAUCCCCCACGCUUAAGAACUAUGUGCGGGUGGUGGAGGUGUGGUGGGAUGAGUAUAAAGACUAUUUCUACGCAAGUCGACCUGAGACACUGACACUGGCCUACGGAGACACCAGCAGCUUGAAAAAGUUCAGAGAGGAACAUCGCUGCAAGAGCUUCAAGUGGUUCAUGGAAGAGAUUGCCUAUGACAUCCCUCUGCAUUACCCACUGCCUCCAAAGAAUGUGGAAUGGGGCGAGAUCCGUGGGUUUGAGACCAGCUACUGCAUCGACAGCAUGGGCCACACCAAUGGUGGCAAUGUCGAAAUUGGGCCUUGUCAUAGAAUGGGUGGAAAUCAGCUCUUUAGAAUUAAUGAAGCAAACCAGCUCAUGCAGUAUGACCAGUGCCUGACAAAGGGGGGAGACGGAACUGCUGUCAUCAUAACACACUGCAACCUAAACGAGCACACGGAGUGGAGAUAUUUUAAGGAUCUACAUCGAUUCACACAUAUACCUACAGGGAAAUGCUUGGAUCGCUCUGACGUCUUGCACAAAGUUUAUAUAGCUGACUGUGACAACAGCAAGAGCUCGCAGAAGUGGGAGAUGAACAACAUUGUGGCAGUUUGAGAGCCAGGCUCAAAUGUGCUUCAAGGAUAAACACUGACUACAGCAACAGGUUUUACCAGUAUAAAUGUGACUAAUUAGGUUUUAGUCAUCACCCGAAUAACUCUGAACUCUGAUCAUAAACAUAAACUUUUUUCUCCAUUGAAGACAAUGUUUACAUCGGGUCAUCCCCAGUGUCCAUCGCAUGGGUUUUUCUUUGGAAUCUGUGAAUUGGAGGGGUCUACCUAACAGAAUGUUUUUCCCUUUCACAGAAUGUGCACAAUGUGUGCUGAGAUGAAUUAUCUAAUACCACUUUUGUUGCUGCUCCAUUAUAAAAUACAGGUUGUCCAUCAAGUACUGGGAUGCAUAUUUUUUUAAUACUGGACCUUCAUUAUGUUUGAGAUGACAACCUGCCACUUGAACUAUUUUCGUCUUUGGCACAAUGGCACUUUUUUUGCCAUAUACUAUGGGUAAAGAAUGGGAGUGGAGAGAAAUUGGGAUAUAAGGUCAACAAUGAGAAAAAAAAAGCGAUAAAUUUAUUUUUGUCUGCUGCAUUAAAAAGUUUGAUUGGUUGGGGGAAUAGAUGUUUAUUUGUAUGUGAAAAUCAACGUUUGAUUAUAAUACUAUUCAUGGCCAAAAAUCAUCUCGAGCAAAUGGAGCAAAGUUAUGUUUUAAGGGCAAGAAUGAUUACAAUGUGUACAUUUUAGUUUUUGUACAAUGUAAAUAUGAGUAUUUCUAAAUUAACCUUUUGAGAUAUGGUGGGCUUCCCAAUGAAGGUGUAAAUAUCUAACUUAUAAUGGUUGUUUUCUCAAGAAAAUAAAUGGAACAUUUUUACCAGUC